AUGUACGUAGACGCGCCGGAAGGACCACUCGUGAAAAUACUCGAUGUGUCCUUUACAACGAUCCUUGGAAGAGAUACCGAACUAGAAAUGGUAUGUGGCGAUUCAACGUUCUGUGCUCCUGAAAUUCUACUCAGCCAUAAUUAUGGACCAAGCGUCGAUAUGUGGGCACUGGGCGUUCUGCUGUUCAUCAUGAUUUGUGGUACUGAACCAUUCGAAAUGGCGGAGGAGGGCGAAACAUUCCGUUCAAUCCUCCAAGGUGCUUACGAAUUAAACAGACCUGAGUGGGCAACUGUGACCAUGCACGCGAGGGAUGUUGUCAAGCGGCUGCUCGUUGUGGAUCCCCUGAUCCGCAUGACCGCCGAUCAGACCCUCAAGCACGACUGGAUAAUCGGCGAUGCCACGCCGGACCUCCAUCUGCCAGCCUCCCAGUUCGCCCUGAGCAAAUUUAAUAAACGAAGCGCAAAGAAGGUAGGUUCCUUUCAUUAA